UCUCGCCUCUUUCCUGCUUUGCUCGGUGGUUUGCGGCGGGCAUAGCUGGCGGGCUGACAUGGAGGAUUCGGCGGCGUCGGUGCUGAAGCGGGCGGUGGAACUGGACUCGGCUUCGCGUUUCCAGGAGUCGCUGGUUUGCUACCAGGAAGGGAUUGCUCUCCUUCUUAGUGUGCUGAAAGCUACAAAAGAUGAGAAAAAAGGAGCUUACUACAGGAACAAAAUAACAAGUUACAUGAACAGAGCAGAAGAAAUUAAGAAAUUAGUUGUGAAGGAAAAAGAAGAUGGGAAAUGGCACAAGCAAAUUAAAAUUGAAGAGAAUAGCAAAGGAUUCAGCUAUGAAAAGCUGUUCCAAGAAUAUCUAAAUGAAACUGUUACAGAGGUUUGGGUUGAGGAUCCUUACAUUCGCCAAGCCCAUCAGUUGUACAACUUCUUAAGAUUCUGUGAAAUGCUUGUUAAAGAACCAUGCAGAAUGAAAACUAUACAUCUUCUUACCUUUCAUGAAGAAGGUCAUGGAAAGAGUCAACAGAUGGGUGCCUUAGAAGAAAUACAGCAGUCUCUAAAGGAUUUUGGCAUUACACUGGAUAUAACGUAUUCUUCUUCAAUACAUGAUCGAGAGAUUAGAUUCAACAAUGGAUGGAUGUUUAAAAUUGGAAGAGGCCUUGAUUAUUUUAAGAAACCGCAGGUAAGGGAUUUUGUUUUUUCUGUUUUUUUAACAGAGUUCCUGAAUUUUUGCUCAGAAAAAAAAAUCUUUUCUAUAGGGUCGUUUUUGCCUUGGAUAUUGUGAUUUUGAUUUGAGACCCUGUCACGAAACUACUGUGGACAUCUUUCACAUUAAGCACACAAAGAAAACGUGAUUCCUUCUGAAACUACUCCUUUUUUUCUAGUGUAAACUUCUUGUCUAAAUAUGUAUUUACUGUGCACUUUUAUAAAAUAAAUUACUGUUUAUGCAAAAAGA